AACAUGUUGCCUCGCUGCAGCUCACAGCAGUGAGCAGAAGCUUCCAGCUCUCUGUCAUUCUGAAGGAGCGCACGUCUCAUCUUCUCUCUGUUCAGUCCAGUCUUCAGAGCCAAGAGGACUAUCGUCUUCACACUUUCCUGAAUCAGACUGUCACCUCCAGGUUGAAGUGGUCCAGGAAGCUGAAAGCUUGGCUGUUUUUCCAGCUGUCCAUCCUCAGCAAACUUCCUUAAAAGAAAGGAGGCGGGUGGAUGUUUGAGGAAGAGGACCAGCAUCUUCGUUCGGCACACGUGUUUGAAAGCAAGCUCCCGUAGAGGAAGCUACCCAUGUGGCAGGAGGCUCUGUGGACCCGCGGACGCUACCUGCUGGAGAAGAGUGAUGGAGGCGAUGGGUCUGAGGGGCCCGAGAGCCUGGCAGACAGGUGUCCCAGGUUCCAGGCUGAGGUGUGCGUGGAGAGUGAAAAGCCUCAGGACUGGCUGUACGAGUCGUACUACAGAAAGAGCCAGCAGCAUCCGCUUUUUGUCUUCCUGCUGCUGAUCGUCAUGGGAACCUGCUUCGCGCUGCUGGCAGUGUUCUUUGCAUCAGGACUGAAGUCUGAGGACCACCUGACGUUCUUGAUCGCGGUGCCCACCGCGCUCUUCCUGUUCCUGUCCAUCUUCAUCCUCGUCUGCAUCGAGUCUGUCUUCAAGCGGAUGCUGCACCUCUUCUCCCUCCUCAUAUGGGCCUGUCUGGUCACCAUGGGUUAUCUGUUCAUGUUCUCCGGAGGAAGACUGAGUCCGUGGGAUCAGGUGUCUUUCUUCCUCUUCAUCGUCUUCAUCGUCUACACGAUGCUGCCAUUCUCCAUGAAAUGGGCCGUAAUCGCCAGCGGGAUAACCUGCCUCUCACACACGGUCACCCUCAGCAUCUGUCUCUCCUCCACUGCUGCUGAACUGGAACCUCUAGUUUGGCAGAUUUUGGCUAAUGUCAUCAUCUUCACCUGCGGUAACCUGGCCGGGGCGUAUCACAAACGUCUGAUGGACCUGGCUCUGAAGCAGACCUAUCAGGACACCUGCAACUGCAUCAAGUCGCCCAUUAAGCUGGAGUUUGAGAAGCAUCAGCAGGAGCGUUUACUAUUAUCCUUACUACCAGCUCAUAUAGCAAGAGUGAUGAAGGCGGAGAUCAUCCAGAGGCUGCAGGGUCCAAACUUUGGCCGAACUGAGAGCACCAACAACUUUCACAACCUCUAUGUGCAGCGGCACACCAAUGUAAGCAUUCUCUAUGCAGACAUCGUGGGCUUCACGAGGCUGGCCAGUGACUGCUCUCCAGGAGAACUUGUGCACAUGCUGAAUGAACUGUUUGGCAAAUUUGACCAGAUUGCAAAGGAAAACGAGUGUAUGCGCAUCAAGAUCCUGGGAGACUGUUAUUACUGCGUGUCUGGUCUGCCCGAGUCGCUGCCUGAUCACGCCAAGAACUGCGUGAAGAUGGGCCUGGAUAUGUGUGAGGCCAUCAAGAAAGUACGAGAUGCCACUGGAGUUGAGAUCAACAUGCGCGUCGGUGUUCAUUCUGGAAACGUCCUCUGUGGUGUGAUUGGCCUACGCAAGUGGCAGUAUGAUGUUUGGUCACAUGACGUGACGCUGGCCAAUCACAUGGAGGCGGGAGGUGUGCCGGGGAGAGUCCACAUCUCUUCAGUGACCCUGGAACAUCUGAAAGGCUCCUACAAGGUGGAGCCUGGACACGGACAGACCAGAGACUCCUACCUAAAGGAGCAUGGCGUGGUCACCUAUUUGGUCAUCAACCCAAAGAUGGAGCGGCACAGCCCUUUGCUGGGUGUUCUGGAUGGGGGUAAGAUGAGGGCGUCAGUCAGGAUGACUCGCUAUCUGGAGUCCUGGGGAGCCGCCAAACCCUUCGCCAAUCUGCACCAGCGAGACAGCAUGACCACGAACAACGGCAUGAUCAACACCACCGAUGUUCCGUUGGGUCAGUACCACUUCCAGAGAGGAGAGAGAUCCAAAUCUCAGAGGAGGAGGUUUGAGGAGGAACUGAACGAGCGGAUGAUCCGCACCAUUGAUGGGAUCAACUCACAGAAACAGUGGCUUAAGUCGGAGGAUAUCCAGAGGAUCUCAUUGUUCUUUCACAACAAAGGUCUGGAGAAAGAGUACAGGUCCACCACCUUACCUGCCUUCAAGUAUUAUGUCACCUGCGCCUGCCUCAUCUUCUGCUGCAUCUUCGUCGUGCAGAUUCUCGUCAUACCCAAAACUGCUGUGCUGGGGAUCUCCUUUGGUCUGACGUUCCUCCUGCUGGCUUUGAUCCUGCUGCUCUGCUUUGCCAGUCACAUUCUGCAAAGAGGAAAAGGCUCCUCCUGCCCUAUUCCAUGGUUUCCCACGUCUUCCCGUAUCAUUGUUACAAACAACCCCUGGCUGCGGUUGGUGCUCACCAUGAUGACCACGGCGCUCAUCCUGGUGAUGGCCGUCUUCAACAUGUUUUUUGUGGAGGAUCUCCAAGUAGAACGCAGCAUAACAACUGUGUCGCCUCUGAAUCGAACCAAUGACAGUCUGUUUCAUCAGAACGAAGAAGAAGAAGCACAAAAAAAUAAGUUUUACCUUCCUUACUUCAUCUACUCCUGUAUUCUGGGUCUGGUGUCGUGCUCAGUGUUCCUGAGGAUAAACUACGAGCUGAAGAUGGUGGUGAUGCUUGUUGCCGUGGUGAUCUACAACAUCAUCAUCCUCCAGACACAUGCCUCCCUUCUGGAUGGAUUUAGCAAAGCUAUGUAUCCCACAGAUAAACUGGACAGACCAGGAGUCCUAAAGGACCUGAAGACUAUGGGUUCAGUGUCUUUGUUCAUCUUUUUCGUCACUCUUCUCGUGUUGGCCAGGCAGAAUGAGUAUUACUGCCGGCUGGACUUCCUGUGGAGAGACAAGUUCAAAAGGGAGUGUGAGGAGAUCGAAACCAUGGAGAAUCUCAACAGAGUCCUGCUGGAGAACGUCCUACCAGCUCAUGUCGCUGAACACUUUCUGGGGCGAAACUGGAAAAAUGAGGAUCUUUAUCAUCAGUCGUACGAGUCGGUGUGUGUGAUGUUCGCCUCCAUCCCAGAUUUCAAAGAGUUUUAUACGGAGUCGGAUGUGAAUAAGGAAGGACUGGAAUGUCUCAGACUUCUCAACGAGAUCAUUGCAGACUUCGAUGAGCUGCUUUCCAAGCCCAAAUUCAGCGGCGUGGAGAAGAUCAAGACCAUUGGGAGCACCUACAUGGCUGCAACUGGACUCAACGUGACUCUGGGACCAGAGUGUGUGCAGGAGAAUGAGCGACAGUACACACACAUCGGUACCAUGGUGGAGUUCGCCUUCGCUCUGGUCGGGAAAUUAGACGUCAUCAACAAACAUUCUUUCAAUGACUUCAGACUCCGAAUCGGGAUAAAUCAUGGGCCAGUUAUCGCAGGGGUCAUCGGGGCCCAGAAGCCUCAAUACGACAUCUGGGGAAACAGUGUUAACGUUGCCAGCAGGAUGGAAACCACCGGGGUUCUGGGCAAGAUCCAGGUAACCGAGGAGACGAGUGGCAUCCUGUCUGACCUGGGGUACAUGUGCUCAUGCCGAGGCAUCAUCAAUGUGAAAGGCAAAGGAGACCUGAAGACGUACUUCGUCUACACGGAGAUGACUCGGUCUCUGUCACAGGGGACUGUGAUGCCCUGAGAGGCGGACUCUUUGAGAGCGUGGCGUUCAGGACGUUCGUCGGGCUCUGCGACUCCCCUCAAAGCGGCCCGAUGGACUGACGAUCUGAACCGUCCUUCAGUGCUGCUGGUGUUAUUCGCAUGUGGAGGAGCACCCUUAUAGAGUGCCGGAGCAAACACAGCCCUGCCUUAAUGUCUGCUUUACAGUAGUGGUGUGGAGCUAAUUACCCAUGCUGGCGUGUCAGAGCCUUACACUUCAGCUAAUGGAACUGCCUGUUGAGCAAUUUUUUUACAUUUUCUUUCAUGUUAGACUUGUUUUGUUACGGAGCUGUUUGUCUGCCAGAAAGCUGUGAUCGGUAUUUAAAGAUUCAUUUGUGUCCAGCAGAAGGAAACCGUCUUUUCUUAUUCGCUGCACAUUUGUAAAUAAAUGUCAUUUUCUGUGAGAGCAAUAUUGUUUUAAGGCCUGAGACACUAUUAAAGGUUUAGUACACUUUAA